AUGUAUGCAUCUCCAUUCACAAUGGAUACAAAUCGUGCUCAUGGUUCAUUACAUGAACAAUACAAACGUAAAACGAUUUUAACUGUCGAACGUGCAUUUCCUUACGUCAAAACUCGCAUCGCAAUUAUCGAUCGUGAACGUUUAAUAUUAAGUCCAAUUGAAGUUGCGAUUGAAGAUUUACAAAAGAAAACUGAUGAAUUACGUUUAGCUAUUCAACAAGAACCUGCGGAUCCGAAAAUACUUCAAAUGGUUAUUCAAGGUUGUAUUAGUACUGCUGUCAAUCAAGGUCCAUUAGAAGUUGCAAAUAUCUUCUUGAAUCCAAUUAUGAAUGGAGUUGAUCAUCCAAAUAUUCAUCAUAAUCGUUUACGAUUGUGUUUCAAAGAAUUUACUCGAAGACUUGCUGAAGCAUUGAAACGGAAUAAAACAUUAAUUCAAGCGGAUCAACGAGAAUAUCAAAAAGAUUUAGAAAAUAAAUUUACAAAAUUCACUGAAAGCCUUCAACCACUUCUAUGUGCAUGUAAACAAUCAACAAUGAUGGAAACAACGAACAAAAAUUUGAAGAAAGUUCAACCAUCUCGAUCAUUUAAUAAUGGAACAUCAACAAAUGGAAAUAGCAUUGUACCUGAUGAAGAAGCAUCAAAUUAA